UUUUUUUAUUCUGUUAAAUAUGAGUUUUAUACAUUUUAUGAUUUUAUAGUUGACAUUUUAAUUGAAUUGGUAGAAGAGUUUUUUAAUAAUUGUAAGUUAAAUUUUUUUGGGAGAUUGUAGAUUUUCAAUAAUUAUGGCUGCAGUGUAUACAAGCAAUAUGGCGUUCUGUGGUUUUUAGAUCUCCGAAAUCAUUAGCGUCUUACAACCUGAUAAGAGUUAAACCUUUAAUUCCGAAAUUUACAUAAAGUUCAAUUUAAUAUUUAUAUUGCUACGUUACUACUUGUCGCCAUAGAUUUAAGUAGAAUUAUUAUUUACUUUCUGUAUCAAUUUAAUUUAUAAAACUCGUUUUCAUCAUAUUUACAUACUAUUUAUAAAGUAAAUACUUUGUUGUGGUAAUUUAACGAAGUUGUUCUCAAUUAUGUCGUUUGUACAAGUAUCAGAGACGAAUGACGGUGAUGCAGAAAUUGUUGACUUGCCUUUGGAAAAAGAUGGCACUCUACUUUUAUCUACAUUACAUGCUCAGUAUCCUGAUGCUUGUGGUCUUAAAUAUGUUGCACCCGACAAUGGUCGAACUCGUGCAUUACGAUUGGCUGAUGAAAAGUUACAUCCACCUACCGAAGAGGGCUGGGGUGACAUAGUAUACUUUUGUUCUUUUAACAAAGAUAAUGGGCAGAAGAGAAAAUUAAACGAAGAAUAUGAAAGUGAUGUUGAGCGAGCAUCCAAAGAACACAAGUCUGAGGCAUCAUCAACAGCAUGGAAGAAUCGUGAUUUACUUGUGCUUGGUUUACCAUGGAAAACGACUGAUGAGGACUUAGAAAGUUACUUUAGUAAAUACGGUGAACUGCGCAUGGCACAAGUAAAGAAAACAGCUGAUGGCCGUUCAAGAGGAUUUGGAUUUAUACGUUUUAAAGAUCAAGAGUCACAAGUUCGUUCAAUGUUGGAUUCACAUGUGAUUAAUGGCAGAAGAUGUGAAAUUAAAAUUCCCAAUAUCAAGGAUGCCUUUAUAAAUGAAGCCCCUAAGAAAAUAUUUGUUGGGCAGCUGACUGAAAGUAUAACUCAAGAAGAUCUCGAAGAUUAUUUUAAGAAAUUUGGUGAAAUUGUAGAAGUUUUUGUUCCUCGUCCUUUUAAAGGUAUUGCCUUUGUUUCAUUUACUAAACCAGAUGCUGCAUUAACAGCCCUUGAUCAAGAUCACACCAUAAGAGAUGUACGAUUGAGUGUUUCUGUUGCAAUGCCUAAAGAAAAAGAUCAAAGAUACAGAGGUGGUCGUAGUAGUGGUGGUGGUGGUGGUGGCGGCGGCAGUGGUCAUAACUACAAUAGCCGUGCGAGAGGAAGUCGAGAUCAUCACAGUAAUCGAAAUCGUUAUUAUGAUGACGGUGGUUGGAAUGAUUAUGACCGAGGUAGCUAUUCUGAUAGGUAUAGGGAUAGUCGUUAUGAUAGAAAAACUUAUGAUAAUGGGCGGUCAUACAAUUCAAGUCAAGUAUGGCGUAAAAGUGAAUAUGUAGAUUCAUCUUCUUCAUCUCAAUCAAAAGAAGUAGGUGGUCAAAUUGAUCCAAAUUUAGUUGCUGCUGUUGUAGAAAAAACUGUAAGAGGAGUAAUUGGGAAUAUGAGCAAUGUAAUGUAAAUUUUAUUGUUUUGAUUUUAUUUAUAGUAUAUAGAUGAUAUUGUGUGACAAUUUUUUUUUUAAAUAUGUAAUUUGUACUUACUAAAUGACACCAUCUUAUAAAUAUUGUUUAAGAAGGAUAUAAAUUCAAUGUGAAACUUAUAAUAAUAAAAAUAAUAUUCAUACUUUAUUGCUAUAACAUUUUACAAUUAAUUGAUAACGUGUAUAUUUUAUAUUCCAUUAAUUUAUAUUUUUUUGCAUUGUGUUCUGUUGGUGUUGUUAUUAUGUUAAACAAUUAACUAUCAAUAUCGUUGUAAUUAUUUUUUUUUAUACUUUUCAAAUAUUAUCCCUUGAAGACUUAUAUUUAUUUAAUAUAUAUCUUAAAAUAUA